CAGAAAUCUCUAGACAGAUAGAGAAAGGAUUGUUGUGUUGGACAACUUGUUUCUUUUUUUUUUCGUGCCCAGCUUCUAAUUAAAACUAACCUCCAAAACUGUCCAGAAGCCUCUUCUAGAGAGAGUUUACUGGCAGAAACACAAUUAGUUAUAAUCGUUGUCUCUGAGAUUUGAAAUAUUAUUUCGGCUGAAAAUAUAAUUUGAAAAGCCAUGGUUACUACAAUAAUAAAAUAGUUUUUACAAUUUAAAAAAAAGAUCUCUGACUUUUAUCAAUUAAUCAAUUGGUCGCUACAAAAUGUCCGUGUUUUUCGUAAAUGCGAAUCAAGAUAGCGAAGUAGAGGGUGACUCAAAUGGCGACUUGCAAAUCGCUUCACCAGGCAAUUCCGAAGCUCAACAAGCAUUGACUCAUUUCUGGCCAAAAGUCAUGGAAGAAAUAAAAAAUAUUACAACUAUGGAUCUUAAAACACAAUCUUUACCAUUGGCAAGGAUAAAAAAGAUCAUGAAACUAGAUGGAGACGUAAAAAUGAUAAGUGCAGAAGCACCUAUGCUCUUUGCCAAAGCGGCAGAGAUCUUUAUACACGAACUGACCCUUAGAGCUUGGGUGCACACAGAAGAUAAUAAGAGACGAACUCUUCAACGGAAUGACAUUGCAAUGGCGGUUACAAAAUACGAUCAGUUUGAUUUUCUUAUAGAUAUAGUACCCAGAGACGAGAUAAAACAAAGUAAGGCGCAGAACGAGGCCACUGUACGUACAUCUAUGAACUCGGAUCAAGUUCAUUAUUACUUCCAAUUGGCUCAGCAGCAAGCUUCGGCGAAUCAAGGUGUGCAGAAUAGUGGCACUACUACGCAACCCAUACAAAUUGUCCAACCUUCUGGCGGGCAAAUCCAGACUAUCAACAUUGGCAGUCCGGUAGAACAGGAGAGUACCAACACCACCACAGCCCAAACAGUUACAGUUCAAAGUCCACAGCAAUCAUCCAAUCAACAAAUUAUUCAACUGCAACAACCGCAACAGCCAUCCACUACACAAGCCGGAGGAAUACAAAUUGUUCAACAGAUUGUCACUCCUAGCGGCGAAAUUCAACAGAUACCUAUUCAAUUGACUCCCCAGCAAUUGCAGAUGAUUCGCAUGCAAGUGCAAGGCGGGAGCAAUCAACCAAUUAUAAUCCAAACUGCACCCAUUCAAACUCAACCGCAACUGAUACAAGUUGCACAGGGCUCUCAAGCUCCAGUUUUUUUACAAGCCUCCAAUGCUGAUACCGAAUAAUAUUAAUUAUUUUUUUAGUUAUAUUUAUUAACAAUAUAAUGAGAAAAGAGAUUUUGAUAGAUCAGAUUAUCAUUGCGUAAUUAAAAUGACUCGAUAAAUUAUCCAAUUCCAAACAUUUAAAAUAAACAUUUUUUUUUUACUUAUAAG